CCGGCCGGCCGGCACCAACGCGCCGCAGUCGCAGGGGGAACCGAGCGGGGCCUCGGCCUCCUUGAGCCCGCUCCGGGCGCCUGCACGUCGCUUCCCGCCGUCCCUCGGGAUCUGGGGGUGCUGUUUCUGACCCCGGAGAGGCCCCGAUCGGGGGCCGCUGGAUCGAGCCGGGGUUCGGCGCCACGCGCAUCUCCCCCGAUCCCCGGUCCCCAGCCGGCCGGUGGAAGACUCGAGCUGCUGCGGGGUUCUGAGUGGCCCCGCGGUGGGCAGCGCCCGAGUCUCCUCCUCCCCGUGGCUGGCCGGCCGCAGACUCGCAGCCUGAGCCACCUCACCGCUGUUGCUGUCACCGUGCACCCAGGCACCCACACCCCUUGGAGGGACCCAGCCAUGGCCCCCCAGCAGCUCUUCCGUGCACUUGUGUCUGCCCAGUGGGUGGCCGAGGCCCUGCGAAGACCCCCUCGGGGGCCUGGCCAGCCAGCCACGCUGCAGCUGCUGGAUGCCUCCUGGUAUCUCCCCAAGCUGGGACGUGAUGCGCGUCGUGAGUUCGAGGCCCAGCACGUCCCUGGUGCUGCCUUCUUCGACCUGGAUGAGUGCAGUGACCGUCAGUCGCCCUAUGACCACAUGCUGCCCACCGCCGAGCACUUCGCCGCCUAUGUGGGUGGCCUGGGCGUAGGCACCGACACGCAUGUAGUAGUCUACGAUGCCAGUGACCAGGGCAUGUACGCGGCACCCCGCGUCUGGUGGAUGUUCCGAGCCUUCGGCCACCAAGCCGUGUCCUUGCUGGACGGUGGCCUCCGUCACUGGCUGCGUCUGGGCCUGCCACUGAGUUCGGGGCCCAGCAGACCCGAACCCGCGCAGUUCCGAGCCACGCUGGACCCUGCCUUUGUCAAGACGCAUGAGGACAUCAAGGACAACAUCCGAGCACCCCGUUUCCAGGUGGUGGACGCCCGAGCCUCCGGUCGCUUUCGUGGGGUGGACCCUGAACCCCGAGAUGGCAUCGAACCUGGCCACAUCCCGGGCACCAUCAACAUGCCCUUCACGGACUUCAUGACCGAGGAAGGCCUAGAGAAGAGCACUGAGGAGCUCCGUCGCUUCUUCCAAGACAAGAAGGUGGACCUGACCCAACCCCUGGUGGCCACAUGUGGCUCUGGUGUCACAGCCUGCCACGUGGCUCUGGGCGCUUACCUGUGUGGGAAACCAGACGUGGCCGUAUACGACGGCUCCUGGGUGGAGUGGUACCUGCGUGCAGGGCCUGGAGACAUCAUCUCCGAGGGCUCUGGGAAGCCGCAGUGAGGCCAGGCGGGGGUUCGGCCAGCUGGGGUGAGG